UUUUUUUUUUUUAAUUCUUACAUGCAGAUGUUACCCACCCACAGUUCCGCGAAUAAUAAUCGUGGUGAUUUUUAUAGUGAUGAUGAUAAAUAUGAUAAAACACAUAGUAGCAAAGGCUAUGGUAUAUUAAGAUCCAUAAAGAAUUUAGACCGCAAAGUAGUUGUAACCACCCUCAUUGUAACAGUAUUCGUUGUAUAUUAUAUUUCUCAAUGGACCGGUCAUUCAGUUUCUAUCACCAAUGAGAAGGACGAAUUAGACAUCUCUCCGCUUCCAUUUGUACCAACCUUCAUACCCAACCCCAUUAUUCCAGAUGAAGAAGAAAUAGAGGAAGAAGACCUUGAAGAAGAAGAAGAAGAGGAAGCACUGGUCAUCAUCGAGGACAGUUUAAAGUUGGACUCCGACUCUUUCUUAUUCACACAAUAUCCUCCACCUACCUCACUUGUCCCCACAGACACUCUCACUGCCUCACGUCAGCAGCAAAUCAUCAACGCAUUUCGUCAUGCAUGGAAAGGCUAUUCCCAAGAUGCCUAUGGCAAAGAUGAAUACCAACCAUUAUCUCAUUCGGGUCAUGAUUGGGCUCCAGGAGGUGUCGGCCUCAUGAUCAUUGACUCACUCGAUACCAUGCUCCUCAUGAACUUGACUACCGAAUACAACCAAGCGCGUCAGUGGAUCGCCACUAGCCUGGAUUUUAACAAAAACCAAGGUGUCAACGUGUUUGAAACCACUAUUCGUAUCCUAGGUGGUCUCUUAUCCGCUUACCAUCUUUCGAACAAUGAUAAACUCUAUCUUGAAAAGGCCGUGGAUUUGGGCGACAGAUUAUUAUAUGCCUUUAAUACGGAUUCAGGCAUCCCUUAUUCUGACAUUACCUUAUCCACCGGCGUACCUAACAGCUAUGGUUCCAGCAGUACCGCUGAAGCAGCUACCAUUCAAUUGGAGUUCAAAUACCUGUCUCAUCUCACGGGCGAUAUGAAGUAUUGGGAUGCGGCUGAAAAGGUCAUGGAGCGUUUAAAUGAACUGGUCAUGGCUGUAGAUGCAGGUGCCGUGGAUGGAUUAGUACCGAUUUAUAUCGAGGCUAUGGAGGGUAAUUUUGCUUCUAGAGAAAUCCGUUUGGGAUCGCGUGGUGAUAGUUACUAUGAAUACUUGUUAAAGCAGUACCUUCAAACCGACAAAUCUGAAAUCAAGUACCGUGAAAGAUACGAUCAUGCAGUGGAUGGUAUCAAGAAACACUUGGUCAAGUACACCUAUCCUAAUCAUCUCAUGUACAUUGCGGAAAUGAUGGACAGCAAAUACCCUUCUAUCACGCACAACAAGAUGGAUCACCUCGUAUGCUUUAUGGGUGGUAAUUUCGUGUUGGGUGUCACAGAAGGAUCUUCUAUUCAUGAAUUGGAUCCUUUGGAUGCCAAGGAUGCAGAGGAUUUCCGUUUGGGACAGGAAUUAACACGUACCUGUUACGAAAUGUAUAAUAUGACAGAGACAGGAUUAGCCAGUGAAAUUGUAUAUUUGAACACAUUUGAACAGAGUGAUCCUGAACAACCCGAUAUGGAGAUUCACUACCAAGAUGCCCAUAGUUUGUUAAGACCAGAGACAUUGGAAAGUAUCUUUUUAUUAUACAGAAUGACAGGUGAAGAGAAAUAUCGUGAAUGGGGUUGGAAGAUCUUUGAAGCGUUUGAGAAACAUACUAAAUUAGAAGGUGGAGGUUAUGCAGCUUUAAAAGACGUUACAAAAUUGCCUGCAACGAAGGAUAAUAGAAUGGAUACCUUCUUUUUAGCCGAAACGUUAAAGUAUUUGUAUCUGUUGUUUAGUCCCGAUGAUAUCAUACCUUUGGAAGGAUAUGUGUUUAAUACAGAAGCACAUCCUCUGCCUGUAUUUUCACCCACCGUCUAAAAAAACACAUUUUUUUGUUCAUUCAUAAAGUAUCCCGUUGAACGGUAAAACAUCCCCAUUUUUUUUAUCUGCAUUUUUACAUGUAAAUCAGUUAAUAAAGUAAAUCUAUUUUACAUCUUCCCGUGA